UUACUGCUAGUGUGAGGAGAGGUGAGGCGUAUCCUCAGCCAACUCCCUCCCUAGACGCCCCAUUUCAUUUGUUGUUUUGUGUGGUGCUCUGCUACGGUGCAAGUUGUUCGGACGAAUUAGCUGUCAAUCUCCGACCAAACUCUAUUUAGGGUAGGUUGAUUAAGGGAUCAGUAGGAGUUCCCAAUGAGAUUAAACCGGGAGCGGCUGCAGGUUAAUGUGAUAUUGCGAGAGUCCGCGGACUUAAUGCCAUUUUCAGGUGCAUUUACAUUAGCUUGGUAGCUAGCGUGUCAGCUAACGCUAAUUUACAUCACAAGCCACUCGUUUUUUUAGGUUGUUUUUUUUCCUCACAAGAAACUGAAGAUGUCCGACUCCGACAUAAUGUCUUCAACUGAAGAACGAGCCAAGGAGAUUCUGAAGGGUUUUAAACUAAACUGGAUGAACCUGCGUGAUGCUGAGACUGGGAAAGUGCUGUGGCAGGGAACAGAGGACCUGUCUCUUCCUGGGGUCGAACAUGAAGCUCGAGUCCCCAAGAAAAUACUCAAGUGCAAAGCUGUGUCCAGAGAGCUAAAUUUCUCUUCGUCAGAAAAGCUGGAAAAGUUCCGCCUUGAACAGAAGGUUUUCUUCAAAGGCCAAUGCUUAGAAGAAUGGUUCUUUGAGUUUGGCUUUGUGAUUCCCAACUCCACAAACACAUGGCAGUCUUUGAUAGAGGCAGCGCCAGAGUCUCAGAUGAUGCCCGCAAAUGUUUUAACUGGGAAUGUUGUUAUAGAGACCAAGUUCUUUGACGACGACCUUCACGUCAGCACCUCCCGGGUACGACUUUUCUACGUCUGAAGGGGAACACAUUUUUUAAUUUUUCCAGUCCUUGAAGGGGGGAGGACCAGGCAUACACUGCUGAUUGUUGUUUUUCAGUGGUCACAGGAGGCCACGUUCGAAGGAGUGCAUUUGUCUUCUACAGUGACAGCAGCACUAAAGAAACCAAAAUCCAACCAAGUCAUCAAGAUCACACUGGCUUCUUGGCAGACAAUUGUUUUUGUAUGUAAAUAUCUAUAUAUAUAUUGACAAUGCUCAUGACAAACAACCAUGUAAAUUAUUUUAUUUGUACAUUAUUUUUUUCCUUGUCAUUCCAGAAAUGUAACCCUAAGAUGUACACCGCUCUGUCACCUUGCAUUUUUAAUGUUUGCUUCCAGUUGAUGUUGUGGUUGCUGAUGUUCUCAUUGUUAGGAUUUUUUUUAGCUGUAACUAAAUCUGUAAAAUAGACUGUUUAUUACUACAAUUAAAAUAUG